CGACGCGCUCCCCUCUUUCUCUCCCCCCAUCCCUUCCGUCCCCAACUUCUCCCCACCACCCAUCAUACGAAAAUCCGUCGACUACUUCCCCCAUAUCGAUCCUGUUCAUUACCAAUCUCGACUAUACCUAACUGCGCCCAAUGGCUUCGCUCUCCGCUAAACGCAAGUCUCCCGAAGACGCGUCCCACAAUGACGAAGCAAGGACACCUACAGGCAGCCCCCCCCAGAAGAAGCUUCGGAUUACACGCAGUCAGAAGCAAGCUCUUAUUGAUAACCUGCAGCUUGAACUCACCGAGCGCGCCCGCAAACUUCGCGCACAAUAUGCCCUCCAGGCGAACGAUCUCCGGGCACGCAUUGAGAGACGUAUAAACCGCAUUCCAAUCGCCCUUCGUAAGGCGACAAUGGGCGAGCUGCUGGAGAAGCACAUGGCCUCUCUCCGGGCCCAACAAGAGAAUACGUCACCGAGGAAACAUCUCAGCCCGGCCAAAGCGCCAAGGAAUUUCGCGACUGUCUCUGUUAGUCCCAGGGUGCACAAGGCUUCUGCUGCAAGCCCCAGUGCUCGCAGGGUGAAGAAGCAAAGCCACGGAGAAAUCUAUUCGGACAAGGAAAACGCUCCCGCAGCAGGAGAAUCCCUCGAUGUGCUGAAGAACCCCAAAAGACGUGGCAAGCCUGGUGCUGCUGCAGGUACUUCACGAGUGGUAUCCCAGGAAAUGAGAGGCGCAGACUACAGAAUUCUUUCCCCGAAGACGUCGAAUUCACGGACAUACCCACAAUCGCCACUGCGCGCCUCGCCUGAGAAACCCACAAACUCCUCCUAUCUUGCACGACCCAUGUCGCCUCUGAAGCCAUCGAGCCCGCUUAAAUCCACAUCAGCCAGCAUCCCCGGAAUGGCGAAUAACGCCCGCAUUCAACCAAUGAAAAGUGCAUCCGCAUCCAUCAGGGACAACCGACCUCCAUCACAGGCUAAGAGACCCGUCAGCCGCGCCGCCACGGGGACCAAAGCGAUGCGGUCACCGCUGCCAAGACCAGCAACGCGCCAGCUCGAACGCAGAGGCAGUGUCUCAUCUUCCGCGUCCUCCGGCACAACCGUUGCCAAGCCAACUCGGACAGGCACGGGCGCUCGGAAGGCAACCACAGCGUCGACAUCAAGCGCGACAGCUAAGAAGACGACCAUCGCCCGGAGCCAAGCAACUUCCGCAGCUGCCAAAAGAAACACUACUUCUGCCACCUCCAAAAGGGCCCCUACCCCGGCAGGAGGUGACGCUCCCACAGCGGCCCGCAGAGUCCUUCGGAAACGCGCAUAAGGUGUCUAUCAUUAGGUGAAUUUAAUCAAUCUUUCAAAUCGGCUUAUCGGGACGGACAUGGAGUAAAGUGGUGUUACCUUUGCGAGGAACUAUAAUGAGACGGCGGUUGGUGUACACUUGGAGUUCUAUCGGGCUUGCACAAUUAUCAAACAGCCCAUUCUUGGCUACAGAGCCUUUCUGGUCUCACCUUUAUAUUUUCUCUUCUACCCCUUUUGUUCAUUGAAUAAUUACUCCACGGAGGAUUUAUCUUGGGGGUUUCUACUCUCUGACGCUUUGAUAUACAUUAUGUGAACUAGUUUGGUACCUUGUAUAGGUAUGAAAUACAGCAUACAGAUCGCCUUUUUGGGUUGAAAUCAUU